GUUUGCCAAGUUGUGAGUUGUCAAAAAAAUGUCAGCCAGCAAGGAAAAUAACCUUGUUCAGGCUUAUAUCGAAUUAAAUAAGUUUUGCCAAAGCGGUGAUUAUGAUCGAGCGUUAAAAGCUACGGGGAAAAUUCUCCAAAUAGCUCCAAGUGAACAAAAAGCAUUCCACUGCAAAGUAGUAUGCUUUCUCCAGCUACACAACUUUAAGGAGGCAUUGGCAGUACUCUGCAACCCUAAAAAUGCAGCCCUUGCAUCGGACCUACAUUUUGAGAAGGCCUACGCCCAGUACCGCCUCAACUGCCCGAAGGAUGCGUUACAAACUGUUGAUAAUGCUCCUGAAAUGACCCCAGCUUUAAAGGAAUUAAGGGCUCAAAUUUUAUACCGGUUAGAACAGUACCAAGACUGCUACAACUUGUACCGUGACAUUGUUAAGAACACCACAGAUGAAUAUGAGGAUGAGAGGAAAGCCAACAUGGCUGCAGUGGUUGCUAACCUUGCUGCGCUUAAUCCGUCAUGCGACCAACCCCAAUUCGAGGAGAAUACCUACGAGCUAGCUUACAACAGCGGGAGCACCCUAGCCAUGCGAGGACGGUACAACGAAGCGCUACCGGUGCUGCGGCGUGCCGAGCAGGCCUGCGCCGAGAGCGUGCUCGAAGACGGAGGCACCGAAGACGAGGCCCGGGAGGAAGCCGCUAUCAUACGGGUCCAACAAGCAUACUGCCUGCAACAGAUGGGCAAGGAAAAGGAAGCAGCCUCCAUCUACCAGAACGUUCUGAAAGACAAGCCCAGCGACCAGGCGCUCGUCGCCAUCGCUAGCAAUAACCUCGUCGUCAUCAACAGGGACACGAACGUGUUCGACUCGCGCAAGCGCAUGAAGGCGGCGACGGCGGAGGGGCUGGAGCAUAAACUCAACUCGCGACAGCGCGCCGCCAUCACCUACAACCAGGCCAUACUGGCCAUAUACUCCAACCAGCCGGACUUCUGCAAGCAAUGCUGCGUUAAGCUGGUCCGCGAGUUCGGGCAGGAGCAGCGCGCGGCCUUGAUCGAGGCGUCCUCUCUGGCCAAGGACGGCAAGAAGCAGGCCGCCGUGGCGCUGCUCAUGAAGCAUGCUGGCUUGCUCACUCUCGCUGCCGCGCAUAUACUGCUGGCUCAGGGUGAUCGUAAGGCAGCGGUGAAACUACUAGAAGAGAGCGAAUUCAAAUACCGAGCAGGCGUGCUGGGCGCGCUGGUCACCCUGCUAAGUGCCGAUGGCGAGUACCAACGGGCUUCACAGCUGUUCACCGACGUCUACCAACACUACAAAAACGAUGAAGAGCGGCUGGGGUCCCUGCGCGCGGUGUGGCGCGCAGCGGCGGCGGCGCACACGCGCGCCGGGGCGCCGCGCGCGGCGGCGGCCGCCCUCGAGGCGCUGGCGCGCGCCGCGCCGCACGACAAGCGCAGCCUGGCCAGGCUCGUCAAGGCGCUGGCCGCCGCCGACCCCGCUAGGGCUAAGCAGCUAGCCAAAAACCUGCCGCCUGUUGAUCAGCUUGAGAGUAAGAUCGACAUCGACGCCCUCGAGUCUUCCAAAUGGAUGAUGGGCGCCAAGGUUGUCAAGAAAACUGUGCAGAGCAAACAAGAACAAUCGCCCGGCACGCCCGGUUCAGAAUUGGGGCAGAAGAAGAAAGCAAAACGCAAGCGCAAGACAAAGCUGCCUCCCAACGCAGACCUUUCGAAGCCUCCGGACCCAGAGAGAUGGCUUCCGAAGUACGAGCGCACGGCGUACCGCAAGCGACGCGGCGUGCGGCGUGACGUCAUCAAGGGCAGCCAGGGGAUGACCACCACUGCCACCGAUCAAUACGACAUGAGCAAGCAGCAGCCGAGCAGCGCGGGCUCCGCCGCGGCUAAGAGCCCCCGCGUGGAGAGCAAGCCCGCGGAGAGCGCCUGGCAACGCAAGCAGCAGCAGAAGAAGAAGGGCAAGGGACGCAAGUGGUAAUGGACAGGCUCAGCGGUGGAGAGGAUCAAUAAACGCAUUUUAUAUCAUG